ACUCCUGUGAGAGUUUAGGUGGAGGGUUUGAACAGGUUGUUACGCAUCUACUGUAGCCGGGGCUCUUUCGCAAACUGGUAGCUCCUUUAGUGAUCCUAGCACCAUGAGGCGCCAGGCAGUUAACUGCCUCCGUGGCUUGUGGCGUGCACAAACUGGUAUCAGCGGUCAUGAGGCAAGCAGUCAGACUGGAAUUGCUUCAAUCGCUACAACGGGUUUGCUAGGCCAGCAGGAGCGCAGCCUGCGGACUAGUGCUUUGGAGAGACCGUCGCGGAUUGCAACCCUAUCCGCGCUGCCCUGGUCGCUGCAAGCGGUCCGCACUGCGACUGUGGAAGCACUUGUUCCCGCAAAGGUGAACAACUUCACCCUCAACUUCGGGCCACAGCAUCCAGCUGCCCACGGCGUGCUUCGACUGGUGUUGGAGAUGAACGGCGAGAUUAUUACACGUGCUGACCCACACAUUGGCCUUCUGCAUCGUGGAACGGAGAAGCUAAUUGAGUACAAGACAUACCUCCAGGCCCUCCCAUACUUCGACCGCCUGGACUACGUGUCAAUGAUGUGCAUGGAGCACUCGUAUGUUCUUGCCAUAGAGCAGCUGCUGAACUUAGCAGUGCCGCUGCGUGGGCAGUAUAUUCGAGUCCUUUACAGUGAAAUCACGCGCGUGCUGAACCACCUGCUGGCCAUCACUUGCCAUGCUAUGGACGUGGGUGCGCUGACGCCCUUCCUGUGGGCUUUCGAGGAGCGCGAAAAGCUGUUUGAGUUUUACGAACGCGUCUCGGGUGCGCGCAUGCACGCGGCGUAUUUCCGAGUGGGCGGUGUGUCUCAGGACCUGCCCAUCGGGCUACUGCGCGACAUUUACGAUUGGGCACGCCAGUUCAGCAGCCGCUUGGACGAGAUUGAGGAGCUGCUGACGGGCAACCGCAUCUGGAAGGAGCGGACCGUUGAUGUGGGCACCAUCACGGCCCAGAUGGCGUGGGACUGGGGCUGCUCGGGUCCCAUUCUGCGCGCCAGCGGCAUCGAUUGGGACCUGCGCAAGACCCAGCCGUACGACGCAUACGGCCGGAUGCAGUUCAAUGUGCCCAUCGCAGGCCACGGCGACUGCUACGACCGCUACCUGGUGCGACUGCAGGAGAUGCGUGAAAGCCUGCGCAUCAUCUAUCAGUGCCUCAAUGAAAUGCCGGACGGGCUGUACAAGAGCCCCGACGCUAAGGUGUGCCCGCCCAGCCGCUCGACCAUGAAGCAGAGCAUGGAGGCCUUGAUCCACCACUUCAAGCUGUACACGGAGGGCUUCCAUGUGCCGGCUGGGGAGACGUACCGCGCUGUGGAGGCGCCCAAGGGCGAGUUCGGCGUCUAUCUGGUGUCGCGGGGUGGCAACCGGCCGUACCGGUGCAAGAUUCGUUCGCCGGGCUACGCGCACUUGCAGAUGAUGGACGUGAUCAGCAAGGGCGCAAUGUUGGCGGACGUGGUCACCAUCAUUGGGACCAUGGAUGUGGUGUUUGGUGAGAUUGAUAGGUGA